ACCUCUGAUAACUCCGGCCCCUCGGGCCGGCUCCGGGCGCGGCAAUGACUUCCAGAUUGGAUCGUUUGCUCAUUCUUCUAGACACCGGAUCGUCAACAAAUGUUAGGACUACUGCCGCAAAGCAACUGGCCCAGCUGGCCGCCAAAAGCGUCAUCAGCGAUGUCGCGGUGGAAGAGGACGUUAAGUCUACCCGCCACCAUGCCGCCGUCGACCCUGCGGCAUGGGCAGAAUUAAUGGCUGUUAUAGCACGAAUAUUACCCUACCUCCACUCCAAAUCCCAUGAGACGCGUACUGCUGCAUCCGUCGCCCUCUCACAAAUAUGGACACUCGUUCCGAUAUGGACUCCCGCGCCCCCUGUGAAGUCGGAAGCAGACGCAGAUAGCGCGCCUGUAAACCCCCCGGAGUUCCCUAACUUCUCCGUCCGGGAGCUGAUGGCGAAGGGCACCCUCCUCCUGGCGUCGUCUGGCAAGGAAUUCACCAAGCCGGCGAACCUUUUGGCUAGUUCAGCGGAGGUUAAGAAAGCUCGCAAAGAUGCCAUGAGCCGUCUCGGUCUCGAUUUUCUUGAUGCUCUCGGCGGCGAUGAAGACAGCAUGGACCUGGAUCAAGAGCUUGCAGGGGAUGAUGCCCUCGCGAGCGAUUCGGAGAAUGUCAAGCAGGAGGUCAAGCAGGAGGAGUCGACAGUGUCUCCGACUGACACCGACGUCGUCAUGAAAGAGUCUUCGCCUCCACCCAGGGCCAAAUCUGCUACUCCUGCAGGCACGCCAGGGCCGUCGAUGUCCCCGCCUCCCGAGCAGGAUCUCAGCGCGCUCUCUGCUAGGGAGCGAAACCGGUUGAAGAGGAAACGGAAGCCCGGAAACUCGGCCUUUGUUGCCGCACCACCUCCUGCACCGCAAGGUUCGAAAUACACCCCGGCAUCGGCGGGUCAGGCAAGCUCAAAGGCGCGCCUAGUAGAAGCAGACGAGGACCAAUCAGCCGCCGCGUCGCGCCUAUCCACUCCCAACUCUACCAACGGCAACAGCGGAGCGCAAGAUAAAGUAGUCAUCGACCCCACCAAAGGAGGGGCGGUGUCUCCUAAAGCUCCGCAGCAAUCUAAGGCGCUCGAGGUCCCUCCGGGAGUAUGGGUAUGGGAUGGCAUCGUCAAGCUGCUUGAAGUGGACCUGUUCAGUCCAGCGUGGGAGGUCCGGCACGGCGCCGCCAUGGCUCUUCGCGAGCUGUUAAAGACGCAAGGCCACCAUGGCGGCAUGAAAGACGAGCUCCCUCCCGCUGAGAACGAAAUGGCGCAUGAACGGUGGUGCAACGACCUCGCGGCGAAAUUUCUCUGCAUUUUCGUCCUCGACCGGUUUGGCGACUUCGUCUCGGAUCAGGUUGUGGCCCCUGUACGAGAGACGGUGUCACAGACGUUGGCAUCGCUCCUCUUACACAUGCCUCGUCGCUCGGUUCUCCACGUCCACGAUAUCUUGCUCCAGAUGAUCCGCCAGGACUUUCCACUGCUCCCCAAACCAGCUAAUGGCAAGGGUUCCGCGCGCGCGCGCGACACGAAUCACGUUUGGGAGGUUCGGCAUGCGGGUCUGCUGGGGGUCAAGUAUGAAGUCGCCGUUCGCAAAGAUCUUGUCGAAGCACCUCCGAAGGCUGAAGAUGACCUGAGAAUGGAAGAUGGAGUACCGUCCGAAGGGCGCGAUGUAUUACAAGGCGUGGUCGAUGCCGCCAUCCUCGGGCUGGGUGACCAGGACGAUGAUGUUCGGAGUGUCGCGGCUUCUUGCCUGAUACCUGUUGCGCGGCAAGUUGUGGAGCAGAUACCCCAAGCUCUGCCCCAGAUCCUUAGUGUGCUGUGGAAUUGUCUGUCCGAGAUCAAAGACGACCUGAGCUCCAGCGUGAGCGCUGUCAUGGAUCUACUCGGGAAACUCGUAGCCUACGACUCCGUCAUUGCCAUCCUGGCAGACCGCAAUCUUUCCCACUCAUUGGCGGAUCUCGCCCCGAAGCUCUUCCCUUUCUUCCGCCACACAAUCUCCACCGUUCGGCUCACAGUCGUCAAGACCCUGCAUUCGUUCAUGUCGAUAUCAUCGCUAAGCCAAGAAUGGAUCGGCGUCCCCUUCCUCUCCCUCCUCUUCCAGAAUCUCGUGGUCGAGGAGCGCCCAGACGUCCGUGCGGCCACGCUUGCGGCCUGGAAAGCGGCGAUGCCGAUAGUGUGCUCCUCGGUUGACCGAGCGGAACUGUCCGUGCCGCAGCCGACAUUAUUGGGCUGGUAUCAGACAUUGAUGAUGCCAAUCGGAGUGCCGAUCGACUCGUCCACGUUUUAUCAUGCUAGUCUCUCUGACAGCGGGGGCGAGAGGCAUAAUGUGGAUAAGCACAUGCUAGCGCAGGACUUGUCGCUGGUUAGUGCGGACGUCGUCAUGCAAGCGCGAUUGGCUAGCGCGAGCGCACAAGCUGCGCUUAUAGCAGCUUGGCCUGCGACGGGAGAAGCCUUCGAGAACAUGUUCCGGCCGAUCCUCAUGCACUACAUCGACUCUACCAGCAUGCUGCAGAAGCUUCUCGCAGCCAUCAUCACGGAAGAGUGGGCGAGAGAGGCGGAAGCCAGAUCUUCCCAACCCCUCAUCGAACGGUGCGCCUUGGCCCAAGAUCUAAGCGCGAAGACCCUCGCGUUCCUCCAAGAAUCGCCACCACUAUCCUAUCAUGAGAUGGCCUUCACGCUGGCCCGUCUUCACAGCGAGUGCUACAGUCUUCUCCAUGGUUUUGCGCAUGACUGUAAGGUACCCGCUGCGUCGAUCCCCACUCUCGGCACGGAGAUUGACGUUACCGGUCAAAACCCGAGCUGCUUCACGAUCGAUACAGCUCAGUCCGUUGUCAGUUCGAUGUUCGACCAGUUGAAAGAGAGCCUGGGCCGUACGAAGAAGCGAGAGCUUGCCAUUCUCGUCGAGAAACGGGCUCAGGUGGCCGCCAACGUUGAGCGGUAUACAGCUGCGAAGACGCAACACGACAUUCGGGUGUCCGCGGCUUUCGCUGCAACGUUUAUUGCCCUCAAGGGUAUGCCGGAGAAAGUCAGCCCUGUUGUCAAGGGAAUCAUGAGCGGGAUCAAGAGCGAGGAGAAUAUCGAUCUCCAGACGCGAUCUGCUGUGGCCGUGGCAGCGUUCGUCGACUUCUGUGCAGCCCAUCAUCUGGCGCAGCCGCCCGACAAGAUCGUCAAGAAUCUCUGUACAUUCCUAUGUCAGGAUACAGAGCGUACUCCCACCUUCGCCUAUACUCGCAAACAGAAGGCCGGCAUUUUGUCCUUCCGAGAGCCUGGGUCAUCAAAGACAUCCACGGCCAAUGGCAAAUCAAAGGGUGAACCUGCGGCAGCGGACGGUAACAGCAGCCAUUCGCUGUCACGCAGGGGUGCGGGCCUUGCAUUCGCUCAACUUUCGGCAAGGUUCGGGCCGCGGCUAUUGGACGUCAUCCCAGGCAUGUGGCAUUCAAUGGCGGGAGGUCUGCUCUCCUCGUGCGCCACAGACUCACCUACUGAAGCGGAUUCGCUAAUCAGCAAGCAGUACGGACAGGAUGUCAUUGACUCCCUCAGCGUGCUUGAAGCUGUCGUGCCGACACUUCACGAAGAUAUGUGGCCCAAGAUCCGCACCCUCUUCCCUAUGAUUACCCUUGCACUCCGAAGUCAAUUCGCCAUUGUGCGGCAAUCGGCGGCUCGAUGCCUUUCGACUAUAUGCAGUACUAUGACCCUCGAAACCAUGCGCUACGUUAUCGAAAACAUCCUUCCUUUCCUCGGCGACGCUGUAAACCUAGCUAAUCGACAAGGCUCUAUGGAACUUAUAUAUCAUAUCGUACAGAAGCUUGAUAUCAAGGCACUACCCUACGUUCUCUUCAUGAUAGUCCCGGUUCUUGGUCGUAUGAGCGACUCGGACGACGACGUCAGAGCUACGGCGACCAAUACCUUUGCGUCGUUGGUGAAGAUGGUUCCGCUCGAGGCUGGUCUUCCGGACCCUCCUGGGUUCUCCGAUGAUUUGAUGAAGCGCCGCGACGAGGAACGUCAAUUUUUGACCCAGCUGCUUGAUGGCAAGAAGGUCGAGGAGUACAAAUUGCCAGUUUCUAUCAAAGCCGAGUUACGUCAUUACCAACAGGAAGGCGUGAACUGGCUUGCAUUCUUGGCGAAGUACCAGCUUCAUGGCAUACUUUGUGACGACAUGGGCUUGGGAAAGACACUGCAGUCAAUCUGCAUACUCGCGAGCAAGCACUACGAACGCGCGAAACGCUACGAGGAAACCCAAUCGCCGGACGCUGUUCACCUCCCGUCGUUGAUUGUCUGCCCUCCGACUCUCACCGGUCAUUGGUACUACGAGAUCAUGAAGUACGCGGAGAACCUCAAACCCGUGACGUACACUGGGAACUCGCGCGAGCGAGGCAAGCUUCUCGGCAAGCUCAAGAAGUAUGACGUGGUUAUCACGUCGUACGAAGUUGUCCGGAACGACGUAGCAAACCUCGAGCAGAUUGACUGGCAUUACUGCAUUCUCGACGAGGGUCACGUCAUCAAGAACGCGAAGACGAAGCUCACGAAAGCCGUCAAAUGCAUGCGAGCGCAACAUCGCCUCAUCCUUUCCGGUACACCCAUCCAGAACAAUGUGCUCGAACUUUGGAGCCUGUUCGAUUUUCUUAUGCCGGGCUUCUUGGGAACAGAGCAGUCGUUCAACGAGAGGUUUAGUAAGCCUAUCCUGCAGAAUCGCGACGGAAAGUCAAAGAAUGGAGAAGCAGCCGCGCUGGCGCUCGAAGCUUUGCACAAACAAGUCCUGCCCUUCCUGCUUCGACGACUCAAGGAAGACGUCUUGCAUGAUUUGCCUCCGAAGAUCAUACAAGACUAUUACUGCGAAUUAUCGGACCUGCAGAAACAACUCUACGAUGAAUUCUCCCAGUCGCAAGCUCGUUCACAGGCGGAGGUGGUGGUGCACUCCGGACCCUCCGAGGGUGGCAAGGAAUCGCACCACGUCUUCCAGUCCUUGCAGUAUCUUCGCAAACUGUGCAAUCAUCCUGCAUUGCUACUGAAGAACGAUCCCGCGGCGCUCUCAACGGCAUUGGAGAAGGUCGGGGCGAAGAAAGACCCAAGCGCUCUGAGCGAUAUCCAGCACGCACCUAAGCUGCUUGCCCUCAAGCAAUUACUGAGCGACUGUGGCAUCGGGACCGCCUCAGGAAACGCAGACGAGAAAGCCGAUUACCUCGUCUCCGAGACCGGAGCAUUCUCGCAACAUCGUGCCCUCAUCUUUUGCCAGAUGAAGCAGAUGUUGGACAUCAUCGAGAACGAUCUCUUCAAGCAGUUCAUGCCCUCUGUGACGUACAUGAGGCUCGACGGUAGCACAGAUGCAAACAAGCGCCAUGCGAUCGUACAGACGUUCAACUCGGAUCCCAGCAUCGACUGUCUCCUCCUCACUACUCAUGUAGGAGGCUUGGGUUUGACGCUGACUGGCGCGGAUACAGUGAUUUUCGUGGAACACGACUGGAACCCGAUGAAGGACCUCCAAGCUAUGGACCGCGCUCACCGCAUCGGGCAGAAGAAGGUCGUCAACGUUUACCGUUUGAUCACCAAGGGGACUCUCGAAGAAAAGAUUAUGGGUCUCCAACGGUUCAAGUUGAACAUCGCGAACUCGGUCGUUACCCAACAGAAUGCUGGUCUCAGUUCGAUGGAUACCGAUCGGGUUCUCGAUCUCUUUCGACGAACGAGCGAGGAAGAAGACGCAGCUGCGGCCGCGAAGCAAAAGGCGAAGGAAGCAGACAAGUCCGUUAGCCAAAAGAACGUGCUUCAAGGCUUGGAAGAACUGCCUGCAGAAGAAGAGUAUGAAGGACUUGAUCUUGCGAGCUUCAUGAGUUCGCUUGGUCGGUGAUACCGCGCGUUAAUCAGCUUAUGGCGUAUGUUUAUUCCAUCUGUUUUUCUAAUCCUCGAUUGUUUUUUCUGGCUGGCUAGACGUCGCGCACCUAUUCUAUUGUCAUCCAUCAACACUGUAUUGCCUAGACACAAUGCUUGUAGAAUAAUUCAAAACGUAAUGUACGGAAACAUGACGGUC